AUGAGUUUAUGUGAUCUGCUGCAGGAUAAUGGUGAUAAUUGCAAUUCUUAAUUUGCCAUGAUUCCUCCCAGUUAUAGUGAAGAGCAAAUGAAACAAUAGUUCAGAGGUCCUGCUAAACUUGCAACCAAAGUUGACCCCCUUUAAGAUGUGGCAGAUUGUUCAAUCAAACCACCUUCAAAUAUAAGUUUACAAAAAGCAACUGAAUAGAUUAAUCCAUCUUAAUCUCCUCAUUCAGGACUCAUUUAAUUUACACCUAAAACCUCCUUAAUGGAGGAGAAAAUACUGGGAAGCAAUUCGAAUAAGGAAUAAAUUAGAGAGCCUGCUUAAAGCAGUUAUAACAAUCUUCCUAAAGAGGGAGUAAAUAACUUCCUUAAAUUAGUGAUUGCCAAAAGUCGUUAUCAUCAUUUUAUAGAUCUUUUACUUUAAAGAGCCUAUGUGAAAAAGCUUUCACAAUUUAGCAUUUAUCAAAAUACUAUGCUCGAUGAUUUAAGAUACGUGGAUUCAAAACGUCAUGCUAAUAAAAAUUUAGUUGAGAAGUUUUGUAAGAAAUUAAGAUUUGUUCCCAUUUUAGAUCAAAGCAGCUACUUAGUUAUUGGCUGGCAAUUGUUGUACAUUCUCACAAUUAUUAUAAUUUUCUUUUGGACCCCCUUCAACAUAUCUUUCGGAAUUACAUUAAAUUAAGUAGUAUUUGGGAGUAUGAUUGUGAAAGAUGUGGAACUCUACUUCCUCUUUUCCAUCAUAAUCGAUGGAUUCAUUGUGAUAAAUACAUCGUACAUCAAGAAAGGCAUAAUCAUUAGAACUAGGGGCAAGAUAUUCACUAAUUAUCUCAACACACAAGCCAUAUAUGAUUUGUGCUCCAUUGUCUCAUUGCUAAUUGCUCAAUAUACCAGUAUUGGUGAUUCUCAGGAACAUCCUGGUUGGCAAAUGCUACCUUAUGCAAUCUAUUAUUGUAGUAGAAUAUUCAAAUUGCAGGGCAGAGUGCAUAAAUUGGAAGAAUUUUUCAAUUUCUCAGGAUGGGUCCAGGAUGUCAUUGAGUUAAUAAAACUCCUGUUUAUGGUAGUCUAUGUUGGCCAUCUAUUUGCUUGUCUUUGGCAUAGUGUUGCUUUUUAUCAAAUUGGAUACAACAAAACUUGGUUGGAGAUCUAUCACAUAGCUGAUGCAAAUAUAUUCACUAAAUACAAUUAUGCAUUCUAUUGGGCUGUUUAAACUAUGAUCACGGUUGGUUAUGGUGAUUUGACUCCAUAAAACGAUUACGAAAGGUUAUGUGCAAAUCUGAGUAUGUUCUUGGCUUGUGGAGUGUUCGCCUUCUCUUUCAAUAGUAUAGGUCUCAUGCUCAGCAAUCUGAAUUCAAGAUAAGUACUCUAUAAGAGAAGCACUAAUCUACUGAAUCAAUAUCUGACUAAGAAUUAAAUUAAAGUUGAACUCUAAUCAAGAAUUAGAAAUUAUUAUGAUUAUAUCUUUUAAGAAGAAUAAGAAAUUAAUGAUGAAGAAGUUUCUCAAAUUACUACUAAACUAUCUAGUUCUUUAUAAGAGGAACUCACUUUUGAAAUUAGACUAAAUGUGAUGAAAACAAAUAAAGUCUUAACGAAAUUCUCUUAAAAAACCUUAAGAGAGUUAUCGUUACUUAUUGAAGAAGUCAGAUUCUCUCCUGAAGACUAAAUUAUACAAUAAGGAACUCCAGAUGAUUGUUCACUUUAUCUAAUUACCAAAGGAAAGGUUUCCAUUCUUUUUCAAAAUGAUCCUUAGGGUAGAAUUACUAGAGUGCUCUCUUUUUUGGAAAAAGGGUAAACAUUUGGAGAGUACUCAUUUUUUACUGGUCUAAACCGUACUGCUUCUGCCAAAAGCAUUGGGUUUUCGAGGGCUUACAAAAUCACUAGACAAAAACUGUUAAAUGUGCUCCAAACCAAUGAAACUGAUUUAGAACGCUUUUGUGAAGUAAGAGAUUAAAUUUUGCAAAGCGAGAAUUAUCAGCCAGCUUAGUUAUAAUGCUAUUCAUGCAGAAAAUUUGAUCAUCUCAUCAAGGAUUGCCCUAUACUCCAUUUUGUUCCAGACAAGGAGAAGGUGAUUAAAAAGGAGUACUUCCCUAUUCAAUAGCAGAGAAAUGUAACUUAUGUUAGGUAGAGAUCCGAUAGAAGUUACUAUGCAACCUUAUUAGAAAUGAAGAAGACACUUACAAUUGCCAGAGAAUAUUAAACUAACCAACUUUACAAUGAAAACCCUUCUAUUGUUGAAGAGAACUCAGAUGUUUCCUAUGAUGAUAAUGAUGAUUAUCCAUAUGAAUAUUGUAAGAUUUCGCAUUUAUUCAUAGCCUAUUAAAAUAAAAGCUAAUCCAAAAUCUCCAUAAAAUAAUCCUAAAGUCGCUAAAAUACUUAGAAUGAAACCAACCAUAACAACACUAGAAAUUUAUAACCUAUUUAAGAGAGUGAAGAUUCUGAUCAUAGUGUUAGUCCUAAUAAAAAGAGAAAUUCUGCUGCCAAAAACACAAUACAAACUGCUGGUUUUGGAGGGCAAGAUUCUUUCCAAAAUAAACUAAAAGUAGAAGAUCAUGAUAUCAAUAUCAUAAAUAUCAACCAAGGAUAUCUAAGCACUAAUGUCAAGGAUGAUAAAAGACACUCUUUAAAAAAUGAUAGAUUGCUUAGUCCCGUAGAUAUACCUAAUAGAAUUAAUAAAAAGCAAACAACAAACAUUCGAAAAUAGAAUAGAGAAGAGUCUUAUUAACCAUUCUCAACUCAAACACAAGUAGAUCAUAAUUAAGAAAAAGAAAGACCAGUUAAAAGAAAAUCAAAAUUUAAAGAUACUUAAGGAGAAAUUAUUCAUAUGUCCUCAGUUUAGUCAGUCGAUUAUAAAAGAGAUUCCAUUGAUACAAGAGAAGAUAAGAAUGAAUUAAAGAGAAAAACUACAAAAACAUAAACGAAUAGAAGCAGAACGGCUAAAACACAUAAAACUACGAAAUUACUGUCAGAAAAUCCCUCUUAAGAAAUAUCUAUACCAAUAUUUGAAAAACAAUCGACUUCAAUGGAAUUAGAAGGUUUCGAAAAUAUGAAAAACUAUGAAUGUUACUAUACUUGGAAUAACCCAAAGGUUGUGAUAUCCAAAGCAAUUCGAAUUUUAACAAAAUAUUUAGAACGCAAACGAAAUAUUGUUCAUUCGUUUUCCUCCUAUACAUUCAGUGCUGUAGCAAUCAAUCAAAUCAUAAGGAUAAAGAAAAAACUCAAAUUAUUAGAGGACCCCCUUAUGGAUGAAAAGAGAGAUAAGAAAUUGAUGUAUACUCUUAAUAAAACUGCUAGAUCAAGAGUUGGAAGUAAAAGAAAUUCAUAGGGUUUUGGAGAUGACUUCUCUUCAUUAUUUUAAAAGAAACCGUUAUACACUGGACAAACCCAAUUAUCUCAAAGAAUUUCUAUGUCUAAGCAAGUUAGAACUGAUUUGUGA